AUGCCAGAGUGGCUUUUGUGGGCGAGACUGUUCUCACACAGCGGAGCCGCCAACCCACUUUUCGGCGGACCAUAUGUGCCUCCAGUGCGGGCGGUCCAACAGCAACCGGCGCAGAACAACGCGCUCUCUGGCCAACGUCCUCUGACGGCCGAGAGUCUGGUUGCACUUACUGGCGCUGUUCCCCAGGAAUCUGCGGCGUCAGAAUCCGUCUCGAGUUGGUCCGACACGACCAUGAUCGAUGACGUAGAGGAGGAAACCGGGCUCCCCAAGAAUUUUGGAAAGGUCGAGUCUGUGCAGAUAGAAGAACCAGACAAUGCAAGCGCCCUGCCCAGCCUGAAUUGUCCUCAGUGCACAAAGGUUCUGCUCGAGAAAUCGCCACUCACUGGCGGUUGGGUGGUUCCAGAUCGGGUAUAUGUUAUGAAGCAAGUCGAAGCGUGCAAGAAGCUUCAGCCUCCCAUCCAACCGGGCGGAUACAUACCCACCUUCCAACAGUGGGACCUCAAUUUCAAAGAUCCUACAUUUUUCAUGCCCGUAACAAUAGAAGAGGAGUGGGAGGAUUGGGAAAGACUCCCUCCUCCAACGUGCGCUUCGAUCUGCACCAUAUACAAGUAUAUCCUUGGGGCAACAUCAGCGGUCAGAAUCCUGGAAUCCAAGAAAAAUGUUAGGUGUACCUACAAAUACUGCCGUCUGGACGCAUAUCUGCGCGUGCUGAAAGUAAAGUUCGCCACCAUGCUAAGGGUCUUGAAGGAGGAGGACUUGAAGAGGAAGCGGGAAGAUGGUUCGAAUAAGGCCGUCGUGUCCAGCAGCGAAAUUCCAGUACAUAUCGCCGUCGACGACGAAGAUAAGGCUGUCGAGCCCAGUCCCGAAAAUUCAAUAUAUAUCACCGACGACGAGGAUGCAUCGGAAACGGAGGAAUUCGUUGGGAAUUGGAGGCCCUUUACACCCACACCGGAACCCGAAGAACCGGAAAACCAAGAAGCAACAGCAGAUCCGAGCGAAUCGGGUUCAAGUCUAGGGGAAGGUCUGGAUCUCUUUGACACCGAUCCCCAGGGAGGUGGAGGUGUGUGGCAAUAUCCCUUUUUCCCUGGCGAAAUCCCUCCCGAAUCGUACUUGCACCCUGACCGUGGCUUCGACGAAUGGUUCGAGUCUACCACCGAAAUUUCCCACUUUCUGUCUGCAAGGGCUUAG